AUGUCACCAACCACCAAACACGCCCGAAGACGCUUCCGCCACCUCUCCAGCCACCUCCUCAUCUACUUCGUCCUCGCUUGGUCCGCCGCAAACCUCAUCCUCGUCCUCUUCUCCACCGUCGCCUUCAUCGCCGCCCGCAUCCGCGUCUCCCGCGGGCCCUGCCAGCAACUCGGCGUCGGCUGCGACUUCACCCGCUGGGGCUUCUACCUCUUCGCCGCCCUCAGCGCCGCCAUCAGCUCCGCCACCGCCGGCCUCAUGGCCCUCCACACGCUGCUGCGGCCCCGGAACUCGUCGCUCGAUCCCGUCUGGGUCUUCCGCGGCGUCUUCUUCACCCUCAUGCCCCUCAUGACCAUGGUGUAUAUCGGCUGGAGCACCCCGGACAAGCCGCCUGGCAUUCUCAGGUUUCCUCGUCGGCAGCUCGACGUCUUUGAUGCAGAUGUCCCGGAACAGCUCCCGCUGCGUGGCAUUGGCGGUGCCUUUAUCUUGGAAGUGAUGGACCCCUGGAAGGAGACAAUUCCGGCCUUUGUCGUGAUCCAUAUCAACUUGUGA